AUGGGGAAAGGCAGCAAAAAUGCCUUAUCAGCGUCUGAUCAGGGUUGUUCGAUGGACGAUUGGAUAACAAAGUUGGCGAAACAGACGACUGGGGCGAGUACUACAACGGCCAGCACAAGCAAUACCAAUCGAUCCAAAGCGGAGCGCAUUCAGCAACGCCUGGCUAAGAAACAACGCCGCGAGGACCGCAAAGCUAUUGCACUGAAUUUGAGAGAAUCCACACGGUUCAGACCCGACCAAUCGCGUGAUCGAAAACGUUACCGCGACGAGUUGAAAGAGACAGAAGCUCCAUCCGCUAAGAAGCUUACGAAUCAAUUGGCAUCGGCCAUUCAAAGGCUUGUCCAGGCAGCAAAAGCGUCCGAUACCAAACGACCACGUCCAUAUACCACAAAAGAAUCCAUCAAGUACAAGAGACAAAAAUGGGAUGAAACACACAUUCAGCCGCGGCCGAGAGACUAUGGCGGUAUAGGACUGGCUAGGCCCAGCCUUUUUCUUUCGUUUACUGAUCCAGCAUUCCCGCCAAAAUUGGAAGAAGAGUUUGCAGAACACAUUCCAGGAUUUUUCGGAAAGACGAGAACAAAGGCGAUGAAAAAGCAGCUCGACAAGAAUAUGCUCUGGAAGCAGUUAGCUGAGAAAAAGAACCGUAAAAUCAACGGGAAGAAACUGUCGUCGAUGACACCGGACGAGCGAGUAGAGGAAAUGAUCAAAAUGGGCAUGAUAUAA